GACUCCAGGUUGAUCAAUGCACGGCUGGGCUAGUCCAAUGCAACUUUGGGCCCGGCCCACAACCGGUCCGGUCGUGGUGGUACCAUCAGUGAGCCAGAUGUAGCCCUCGGCACUCACUUCCCGUUGCCAUUGCCGUCCUCAGGUAGCUGCCGAGCCUCUUCUUCUUACUUCGCAGCCUUUGCUCGAGUCACUGUUAGGGUUUAAGGAGACCCAGAGAUGCAGAGAUCGUGUGCGGCGUUGGUUCGCUCCGUCGCUACAACCCGAGGGUUCUGCACUGCAAGCGCUGAUAAGAUCGUUGCAUCCGUGCUCUUCGAGAGGCUCCCCGUCGUCAUUCCGAAAAUCGAUCCUGUGGUCUACGCUUUUCAGGAAUUUUCGUUCCGGUGGCAGCAGCAAUACCGGCGCAUGUAUCCCGAUAAGCUCCUUGAGAAAUCUGAUACUAGGGGUAAAGGUGACUACAAAAUUGAAUACACGCCAGCUUCACGGAUCACAGAAGCUGAUAAAACUAACGAUCUAAGGUCGUUACAGAGAGCACUUGACAGAAGGCUUUAUCUCCUCCUGUUUGGCAACACAUACGGUGCAACCGAUGGGAAGCCGGUCUGGCAUUUUCCUGAAAAAGUUUACGAGGCUGAAGAGACAUUGCGCAAGUGUGCAGAGUCUGCUUUGAGAUCUGUCAUUGGAGACCUUUCCCACACAUAUUUUGUUGGAAAUGCUCCUUUUGCCCAUAUGGUUAUACCACCAACAGAGAAUGCACAGGAUGCUCCACCUUUCAAGCGAUUCUUCUUCAAAUCUCAAGUGAUUGCAACCAACAAGUUCAACAUCGGCGAGUGUGAGGAUCACGUUUGGGUGACAAAGGACGAACUAAUGGAGUAUUUUCCUGAGCAAGCUGUAUUCCUCAACCAGAUGAUCAUCAGCUGAUGCCAUCCACACCAUCAUUUGCAAAAUUCGCAAGCUGUAUUCCUUGGACGACCGCCAGUUGAUGCUAUCAUCAUCCUUUUUUGUCAUUUCUACACAAUUUUCUAGUAAUGCAUCUUGUAAGAUUCUUGCAUCCCAAUCAAUGGAGUGGAUGCCAACUAUCUAAAUGAAGAGUUUAAGGUGUCGACAUAGAAGAUCGAGAUCCAGACGAGGGUUAAUAUUUAUAGUAAUGAAUCUUUCUGUCAAUUUCAUUCAAACGUCAAAUGCAUCAUAGCUUCUGGUGUUGAAGUUUUUGAAUGGGCCUUUCAAAC